AUGAGACACUAUCCACCGGGCCGCUCGAUAUUGACCGCUCUUCCCGCAGAUAUCCUAGUUCGUAUCCUUGAUCGGCUCCCGGAUCCAUCGGAUCGCAAGGCUUGGCGUCUCGUCUGCCGGGAGUUCCUGCGUGUCGAUUACCUGCAAAGGCGGUCCCUCAGGUUGCUUCGCCAUGGAUCCCUUCCUGCUAUCCUCAGGAGGUACGGCUCCCUCGAGCGCCUGGAUCUUUCUGCCUGCCCGCGAAUCGAUGAUAGCGCCAUCCGGGCCGCCUUCUACGGGAUCCGCCUCCAUGCUCUCAGGAGCGUCAACCUGAGCCGAAGAAGCGCGCUGCGGUGCUUCGGCCUGGGGUUUAUGGUGAACGCCUGCCCCGCGCUUGAGACGGUGGAUCUGAGUUACUGCUCUGGAGUGGGUGAUCGGGAAAUGGCUGCUCUGGCUAGGGCGCCGCUGCUGCGGGAGUUGAACGUCACCAAAUGCCUCGGCGUGACGGACGUCGGCUUGGCUCGGGUAGCUGUGGGAUGCUCCGAGCUAGAACGGCUUGACCUCAAGUGGUGCCUGGAGAUUUCCGAUAUUGGGAUCGACCUCCUGGUCAAGAAGUGCAGGGCCCUCAAGGACCUUGACAUCUCCUACCUCAAAGUCAGUCUCGCUCCACUCUCUCUCUCUGGAUUACUUCCCUGUUUUUGCUUACUCCGGUACUUCCCUAACAACGUUCUGCCUCUAACAUUCGAUUUGUAUGGUUCUUUUCCUGAUGGACUGCCAGGUGACUAACGCAUCCCUCCAGUCAAUCUCUUCCCUAGAGAAACUGGAGGUGCUGUCCAUGGUGGCCUGCUCGCUUAUAGAUGAUACUGGCUUGUCUUACCUUGAAAAUGGCAACAACUGUCUCCGGGUAAUCAUCCCUGUCUCGCCCCUGUCAUUAAUUAGCUGUUUAGAUGUCUUUCAGCCAGAAGAUCAUGCCAGAUUUUACAGAUUUUGUGAUGAACGUCUGUUUCUGUUGAAAGAAGUCUACGGUUCUGAUUUUUCGAUCUGCAACCGUUAAUCUCACAUGCACGCAAUUCUAUUGCGGAAAACCAUUUCCAUGCCGUGAAUUGUUCCAUCUCUGAAAGUAAUAUCCCACCAGCUUUCAUGUGAGUUUUCUCACCCAUCCUUCUACCUUCAAUACUGAAAGUAGGUGUUGACUCCGGGAUGAUCAAACACAGACGAGGGAAAGAAGAAGGCCCUACCAAUAGGAGCAUACUGGUCCUCGUUUCUCCCAUCUUAUCUUGCCCAUCCUGCAGGUGCACGAAGAGCUUUAGAUCAUCUUCUUUUUCAUCCUCUGUGCCCCUCCACGGCUGCAACUAUUGUGCCCCUCUUGCUGAGCUUCGGAGAGUCAUCUUCCUCUGUUUGGACGCUUCUGUUGGGCUUCUCCUGUCAGUCCUUCCUAACCCUCUGCCUGGUGUCAAGUCCCCGAUUAGAUUCACAUGUAUCCAUUAUUAAAAUUCAAAUUGAUGAGAAUGGUAAGUCCUCCAAAUCCCACAGCUCACCAAACUCUCUGAAAUUUAUAACUUGCAGAGCAACCCAACUUUUGUGAAACCCAAAUUAAGACAUUGCUAGAAUCACAGAAACACGAUGUUAAGUCUGCUUCUGUUGACUCUGUUAAUCAUAGAUUCUUUUAUUCAUACUAAAACGACUCGCAACUUUUUGCAUGUUUUCAUGCAGAGCAUUAACUUCUCAAGAUGUGAUUCUGUGAGUUCCGUGGGGUUUAGCUCAAUAAUCAAAGCCCACAGUCAUCUCAAGAAGAUCUACGUUGGCCACUGUUUUCCUGUAAGACCUCAGCUUUAGCAGCAUCAUUAAUUUUACGUGAAUGAUGGUUUAUAUGAAGCAGCAGAUCGAUGAUAAUGAUUUGAUGUGAACAGGAGGUCGCUCCGCUUUUCUUGAGGAAACUCAAGGACUUGGAGAAUAGCCUGGAGAGCAUUAGGCUCGAUGGCUUUCACCUUUCGAGCUCAGUCCUUAGAACAAUUGGUAUCCACUGCACGAAUUUGUUGGAGAUUGGUCUGGGAAAAUGUGACGGGAUCACUGACGAAGGAAUCUCGGAGCUCUCAUCCAGCUGCCCGCGUCUCAGAACCGUUGACUUGACUUGCUGUCGCCUGAUCACCGACAGUUCCCUUAUUGCUAUAGCAAACUCUUGCAAGAAGCUCCAGUGCCUCAGGUUGGAAUCAUGCCCCGGAAUCACAGAAAAGGGCCUUGGGCGGAUUGGGGAUUCUUGUUCCCAUCUCGCUGAGAUUGAUCUAACGGACUGCGGGAUCGAUGAUGAGGGUAAGACCCUGGAGUUCUUGAAACAACUAAAUUGUGAGAUUUAUCAUGUUAUAUCUUGUUUAAACCUUUGUGGAUAUCGCAGCUCUGAAGUGUCUCUCCAAAUGUUGUAACCUGAUUGAACUAAAGCUCGGCCUCUGCCCGAGAAUCACCAACGAAGGGCUCGUCUACAUUGGGUCCAACUGCAAGGACCUCCAAGUACUUGAUCUCUACCGGUGAGGUCUUUGUGUGAGCAUUGUGUGUGCUCACUGCAGCACCCAGAUCUUUCUCUCUCUACAGCAUCAUCAGAAUGUUAUUUUCUUAUUUAAACCACAGGUGCACCGGAGUUGGAGACGAUGGUCUGGCCGCCAUAGGCGGCGGAUGCAGGAAGCUGAGGAAGAUAAACAUCUGCUACUGCACCCAGAUCACCGACCGCGGAUUGGAGCAUCUGUGUGGUUUGGACCUGCUCACGGACCUCGAAAUGAGGGAGGUGGUCCGUGUCACAGGCGCGGGGGUCACCGCCGUCGCCGUCGGAUGCAGGAGCCUCGUGGAGCUGGACAUGAAAAAGUGCCGCUCGGUGGACGACGUGGGCUUCUUGGCCCUUGCUCGGCACUCGGAAAACCUAAGACAGGUCUCUCAUCGCUCCAUUUCUUCUCUCCCCACCGGUCGUACAGUACCAUCGUGCCCAUUUCUCCCUCACCAUCUUCUCCUGUUCUUCUUUUUAUUGGUUGCUGCAGAUCAAUAUAUCAUCCUGCCCGAUUUCCGACGCGGGGCUCUACAUGCUGAUGGGAAGCCUGAGUAGCCUGCAGGUCGCGAAGCUGGAGCAUCUCCCCGGGGUGUCGGUGGGGGGGUACGAGCUCGCCCUGCGGGCGGCGUGGGAGCGACUGCAGAAGCUGAAGCUUCCCACCUGGCUAAGCCCCCUGCUCUCCCGGGAGGUCCUGCAGAUGCUGCAAGCCAGAGGCUGCUGGGUCAGGUGGGUCCCGAAGCCCCCCCCUUUGGACUGA